GGAAAUAUUUUGUACUCUGUGUUUUCCUUUCUGUUGGGUGUCAUACUGUUUUAUUCAACUUCUAACAACAGAUGUUGUUACUUACAUGAACUAAUAACGUGGGAGGUGAUUUAUGCUGAUAAAUGCUAUCUGUUCAAAUGCCAUCAAUACAAGAGGACACUAACCAACUUUUUAUACUUAUCCGAUUUUGUGCAUUCCAGUGCAAUGCUGUUAAUAUGCUGCAAACUAUAAAUAUUUAUAAGUAAAGAGCUAUUGUUUCUGUUACUGUAUUCUAAAGGCUUAGUCCUAUUUUUCACAUUCACACAUAUAUUUGUUCUCAGAUUGGAACUCUGCCAAGAUGUAUUUCAAAUGGGGAAGAUCCAGAGUUCGCAUUUUCCCACUACUGAGUAUCACAGCAAUUGUUUUGGUCUCCAAUCUUUUAUGGAGUUUUUCUGGAUAUACCUUCUGUCAUCGCGAGCCGAGUCUUUGUGGCUGUCAGAAAUGUCUAAGAGACAGUGAUCCUUGGUUUAAUGACAUCAUCAAUGAAGCUCCUGAACCCUUUCUGUCACAGAAACAUAUACCUUCAGAGGAAGAUUUCCUCUGGUGGAAGAACUUACAGGGGGCAAGACUUCAAAACUUGACUUUGUACAAUAAAACUCUAGAGAGGCUAUUUCAGACAAUAACACCAAUUGCAGAUGUUGGAGAACCUCGCCCUGAUCACUGCAGGAGUUGUGCUGUGGUGGGGAAUUCUGGAAAUUUGAGAGGAUCGCAUUAUGGACCUCUGAUUGAUUUCCAUGAUAUCGUAAUAAGAAUCAAUCGGGGGCGUACCAAAGGCUAUGAAACAGAUGUUGGAACCAAAACAACUCAUCAUGUCAUGUAUCCAGAGAGUUCUACUAGACUGGACAAUACCACUCAUCUCUUGUUUUUUCCUUUCAAAACACAUGACUUUUUGUGGCUCAUGAAGGACUUAAAUCGAGGGGAAAAUGGUGCUCCAAACUUAAAGAAGAUAGCUAACAAAGAUUUGAUCUUGAUCCUCCAUCCGGCUUUCAUGAAAUAUGUUCAUCAAGUAUGGCUGGGAAAGAAGGGUGCUUAUGCAUCCACUGGCUUUCUUGCUGUGGUUCUCAGCCUAGUGAUGUGUGAUGAGGUAUGUUCACUUUAAACAAUUUGUACAUUAUGCAUCUGACUGACAGUGAUGGUAGUUAAACACUGAGAAAACACUGAAUUACCAGGAAAGUCGAGAACAAAAUCUGCCUUAGACUACAUGACUAAAACAGAAAUGUAUCUAUGGUUAUUUCAAGAAGAGUCAAGAAGAGUGGACAUCCGAUGGUUGACACAUUUACCUGCAAACCAAAGGCAGCAAGUACGCUAGCUAAAGACACAUCCUCUUUUAGGGUUGUGUUUAAAGGUGGUACCAUGAGGGAUAACAAGUGUUAAAAGUUUUGCCAAAUCGAACAUGUAGAGCCUACCUGCUUGUGUCAACAGAGCAGCUGAAAGAAGUUUUACAUAACUCUUGAAUAGCAAUGUGUAAAAAUGCCAAACUUGGUACUGAUCCAAUGCCAAGUACAGGGCCAGUGUUGGAGUCAAACAGAUUCAACAAUUAGUUUUAACUUGGCGAGAACAGUGUAACAUGAUUUUUGAGCUGAAUGUGUUUGUUUGCCUGAAAAGCAAUUUUUGUGUCAGCUUCUGUUUAAAUGUAUUAUAUAAAUAAAAUUAAGUUGACAUUU